ACGCAGAGUCUUCGUUACUGACGCUUCGCGUGAUUCACGCUGCUCCUGCUGCUGGUUCAAACGCGCGGUUUUCAGAGGUAAAAAUCUGCACCGAUUUAAUGCAAGCACUUACGUGUCGUCGGAUAACGUCUGAGCCGUGAUAACUCGGCGUGUUUUCAAGAUCUCUGGGUCUCGACGGUGGAAUGUACAGUAGUAGCAGAGUAGAAUUGGUAUUCUCAAAAGUGCCGAUCCAAACAGCCGCUGACAAACAUGGCGAUACAUUUGAAUUUGAAAAAGGAAAUACUGACCAGCGAGAAGGAGUCGGUUUUGCACCUGAUGCCUUGCGACAUACACGGAGACGAACCGGCUCUUGUUUCGUCUUACUUCACUCCGUACAUCCGCAGGAAAGAUGACGAACAUCUGACGACUUCCUUUCGCGGCUAUCCUCUGCAAGGAAAAACCAUAACUUUACCAAAAGGGUACACUGGAUUGGUUCUCCACGAAAACAAAAAUGCAGAGUCAGAAUCACUUGAUCGCAACCUCUUCGCUACAGGGAAAUUUACUCAGUUUACCUACUGGAAUUAUGACAAACUACCUUCUAAGAACGACGCCGUUGUCGCUGCUCUAGAAUGGAUCGACAUCGCCGAGGCACUUCAUUCGAACGAGGACGACGUCAGCAAUUGAGACUCACAUGCUCAGGGAUAUUUAAUAAUUAUAAGUAACAGUUUUCGUACCUGCACUUCAAUCAUCGUGUUAUCAUACAAUGUUCAAAUACUUCAAAGAAAAAAUUUAUUUUAUCACAUAGUUUCAUGGAUUUACUACAUAUCUAACAAAUGUACUAUAGCUACGAAUUUUUGUGCUUGUGUCGGGCAGAUGCAGAUGUGAUAUUUCAAUGAUUAUAGACCUUGUUGAAAGAUUGCUCAAUAACUAUGCAAUAGUAAUUAGUAUAUUACUUUCGAUUUUCUACUUAUUGUAGAUUG